UUUGAAAUAAAGCAAUGAAAGCUUCAUUUAAAAGCUUCCUUGGCGUAUCCCCUAAAAAGAAAAUCCCGACAACUCCAAAAUCUCAAUUUCCUGCUCCUGCUGUCCAGCAGACUAUAGAAAAACCAGAACAUGAGUCUUUUAUCUGCGGUUCAAUCUAUGAUUUCAAUGCAAACCAAGUCAACCAGGGUUUUUAUAGAGACCACAUUGUAAAAGUCUCAACAACCGUUGAGGAAGAUAUAAACCUGCAAGGUACCAAUCAACGUCAACCAACGUAUGAUCUAAUAGACCAUGGCUCAUCUAAUUGGGAUACCUAUUACCAUCUUGCAACCCAAAGUAACGAGCGAUCCGGCGCAAUUUCAUACUCAAAUCAAUCUAUUUGUGCGCCUGAACUUAGAUACUCUUACAACAGCCAAAUUAAUGCUCCUGAGUCUGUGUAUAAAGAUACAUGCGUUAAACUGCCUCCAGAACCAGCUCACCAAGAACAGCAGCCAUACAAUCCGCAAACCGAAAAUACAAUUUACGAAUACAAUGAUAGUGAUACCAACUAUAGGGAACAGAAUUACGACGAAAUGCAAGUCGUUUCAAAUGAAGCAGAAUCACCGCUCUCUGGAAUCCGGGUUACACGUGUUUCAAGUCUGGCGGAAUCAGUAAGCAAUCAGAAAGGAGACAAAGAUGUUGAAGAAUCUACCGGCCAACCCGCUCAUUCGAAUGUCUUAGAUGUCUACCCGGGGUACCGAAAUUCAAUGUCGGUGUCGGAACCUAAAACAAGUGUCAAUUCAAAAGAACUGGCUAAAGGCAGUCGCAGUCAAGGAACAGUUGAAAUCGGCAGCUUAUUUCAGCAGCAAAGCGAACCGAUACUCGAACUCACUCCUGAUGAGCGAGUACUGAUUAAACAAGAGUUUUAUCUCCCUGUUAGCGAAGGCAAAGACCCGAAUGCGCCAAUUUGCAUAGAAAGUGACGACUCCUCUAUUGAAUUUCUAGUUUCAAAGAAUGCAAAAAGUUAUCAACAUCCAUCAUUUGUGAGAGAAAAACGAAAGUGUGUUCUGAAUUGCGCGAGCGAUGGUGAAGAUAACGACCUGGAAGUUAUUGAAAUACGUCCUCAAUCGUCUAACGACAACUCAAGGAGACAUAAAUGCUCGUCCAUGUGCAUGAAGAAAGUGAACUACGACAGAAGUUUAUCCAUUAAUGAACAGGUUUCGUUUUUGCAAAUACCUCUCAGAAUGUUUGGAUUUGUCAGAAAUGUGAAGGAAAACUCGCUUACAAAGAAACAGACAGUCAACUAUGAGACUCCGUGCGGAAAAAUAUUGCACAAAAUGUUCGAUGUCGUUCGGUACCUGUGUGUGGUGAAACAAGACCAGCUCAAACCAGAGAUGUUCACAUUCAGUCCUAAUGUCUCCACUGAUUUGAAGAACGCAAUACCAUUUCCGAAUCUUCCCAUAAUACUGGACAUUUCCAAAGGAAUGGAAAGAAUGCCUAUUCCUGUUGUGAAUGACUUAAAUGACGAGGUCGACAUUCCGCUCGACUUCCGCUACAUCACAACGAGAGAGUUCGAACCAAUCGCAGCCAAAGACCUCAGGAUGACUCACGACGCAGACCCCUCGUGUGAACAAUUCUUCGUAACUUGCUGUUCGUGUGAGGACUUGUGUGUCAAGACAGCUACAUGUGAGUGCCGACAGUUGACGGAGUCCUCGACCGUGACGAAGCGAACACCGGCUGGAUGGCCCGAAGCGGGUUACUGUUAUGGACGUCUGAACUACCAGUGGGCCACCGGGGUGUUCGAGUGCAACCCUAAGUGCAGCUGCAGUCCCGGCUGUGGCAACAGACUAUCGCAGCAUGGACUCACUGUGCCCAUGCAGGUGUUCAAGACUCCCAAAAUGGGGUGGGGAGUGAGAAUCACUGAGGAUGUACCCAAGGGCGCAUACCUCGCAAAUUACAUGGGUACUGUUAUGGACCCUUGUGGGGACGAACUGAAUGCGACAGGGGGUCACUCUCUGCAUCAUCUGGACUUGGACCUCCUAGAAGUUGUCGAUAGAGAAGAGGGUCUGAAAAACAGAGUGCCCAGAAGUAUCCAACCCAAGAGGGAACCGCCCCCCAAAGGGAGGAAAGACAAGCUGAAAGAGAAACAGGUUACAGUAGACGUGAACUCGGCGGCAGCUGUGGAAAGUGCAAAACUAGCCAAAAACGCCAAUGGUUGGUAA